CAAAAUAGCACAAGCUUAAAUGCGUACUGGAACGAUGUCGAAUUUACCCGCAACUUCAGUUUAUUAAAGACCAGCUCAAAACACCACAAAUUGAAACUGCGUCUCAGAACUUUGCAUUUCGUCACGGCAUAACAAAGGUGGAUUAAAUAGAUAAAAGCGUCGCAAGUGAAUCCUGUCCAGAAGAACGAUUGUUUUCAACGCAGAAAAGGACGUUUUGCUAGCGCAAGCAAUGUCAAAGAUGAGGCACGAAGCUUAAAAUACUUGCAGACAUGGGUAAAGCUUCAAGCAAAGGAAAGCAAACAAUAGAUCAAACAACUAAGAAAAGGAAUGUAGAAGUAUGCGUGUCAAUUGACUUUGGAACAACCUACACCGGCUAUGCAUUUUCAUUUAAAAAAAUUCAUACCUAUAUGUUUGGAAAUGAAAGGAAGAUGCCAACUGUUGUGCUCUUGGAUCCCGACAGAAAACUGGCUGCGUUCGGCUCUGAGGCAACCACAAAAUAUCUAGAAUUAUGCGAAACGAACGAACAUGAAGGCUGGUAUUUGUUUGAGCGUUUCAAAAUGGCUCUCUUUGUUCAAGAUGCGCCGCUUGAUAAAGACAUUGAAAUUGAAGAAAUACUUGAAAAGAAAUUAAAGGCCAUCGAUGUGUUUACCGAGGCGAUUAAAUAUAUUAAAACAGAGGUAAUAUCAGCAUUAAGACACAGAACAAUUCUCGACACGACAAAAGCUGAAGUAAAAAGUGAAGCAGACAUUCACUGGGUAUUAACAGUACCUGCAAUUUGGAAUGACCUUUCGAAGAAAUUUAUGAGAGAUGCUGCAAUAAAUGCUGGGAUUCCGAGCGAAGUUCUUACUCUUGCUCUAGAACCUGAGGUAGCAUCAUUAUUCUGCAAGAAACAAUUGAGAUAUGAAGAUUCGUCCGGCCGUCGCUACAUCGUCCUCGAUCUUGGAGGUGGCACUGCUGACAUUACUAUUCAUGAGGUGAAUCCUGAUGGGACAUUGAAAGAGAUACAUCAACCAAUGGGUGGGGAUUUUGGCGGCACAAGCGUCGAUCAAAUGUUCGUUAGAACAUUAAUUCAAGUAUUUGGAGCACCGGCCUUUCAAAACUUCAAGAAGAAUUCCAUGUGUGAAUAUAAAGAUUUAAUGCAAAAAUUCGAAGAAAAGAAAUGUAGAUUCGAUGGUCAAAAUAAAAUACGUAUUAAAUUCCCAUCUCAACUUAGUGAAAUUUUUGUACGCGAGACAAAUGAGUCAUUUGAAUCAAGUUUACGCCAAACGCAUUUUGAAAAUGACAUAAAUUUGGUAACGGACAAAAUGGUUCUUUCUGUCAAGCUGGUGAAGUCAUUUUUUGAUGAUGCAAUUGACAAAAUUGUUCGAUUAAUAAACGAUUUAUUAAACAAGGUUUCAGGCAUCGAUGAUAUUGUACUGGUAGGAGGGUUUUCUGAAUCUAAAUACCUGCAAACCGUUAUGCGCAGCACCUUUGGUAAUAAGAUUAUCAUACCAUCAUACCAAUCCUCAGCGGUUCAGCAUGGGGCGGUAAUCUACGGUUACGAACAAAAGGGCAUCGCAUCAAGGGUAUGUAAAUACACAUAUGGCAUUGCCCGUAUGAUGGAAUUUAAAUCAUACCAUUUACUUAGCAAAAGAGUAACAAUCGACGGAGUAGAUUUUUGUGAUGAUAUUUUCUACAAGCAUAUCGAAAUUGGAACCACGGUAAAUGUAGCUGAUGCGCAAAAUGUUGAAGCACAUGAAUAUUUUCCAUCACAAUCCGAAAUGAGAAAUGCAGUGUUAGAAGUGUAUGCAAGCCCAAAACAGAAUCCGAUGUACGUUGAUGAAGAAGGGUGUCAGCUUGUAGGAUUGGUAAAAGUGGAUAUAGAUCCAAAGGGAGAUAUCAAUUCAAAGUUUUUGGUCAAGAUGAUUUUCGGUGGUACUGAACUAAGAAUCGAAGUCACGGAUGUUAAAAAUAACAUUGUUACAAUCAGCAGCGUUGACUUCAUUGGGUAAAUUUCUUAAGCUAUCAAACCGGAAAUGUUGUUGUGACGCAGGCCUGUAGAUAAAGCAUUAUAGCCCAGAAGAAUGUUAACUGCAGUAUUGUGUUUAUUUUUCCGAAACUCAAACUUUGAAAAUCAAAAUGAUAAUUACUUUCAAUAGGAUGCAGUUGUAGUAAGGCACCGCAAUAAAAAUUGUUUUCUUUUUUAAUGGAAAUUUUAAUUAAAGACUCUUUAUCACUCACAAUUAUCACAUUUCUUUACAAUUUAAAUGACAGUGCUGCUAAAAAGAGCGAAAAGCCCAAUUUCAUCAAUAAAAAAAACAUUAAAACUUCGAAAGAGGUCAACAAUAUUUUUUAAAAGUAAUGAUGGUAAGAUGCAUGUCCUGUCAUGUAAUAAGAAUACGCAAUAUGGCCACCAUUAAUAGUGCUUGCCUAGACAAAUAUGUGUAUGAAUCAAAACAGUCAGAUAUUAAAAGUAAAAAAGCGGCGGAUAUGUAAUGUGUCACUCAGACUCAGCCAGUUCACAAAUUGACAAUUGACACUUGUGUUUAUACAGUAGUGCGCGAUGUAGCGGUUGUUUAAAAAAUAUAUGUCAAUAAGUGUAUCCCAUAUUAUUACGGCGUUAACCAAGCCUGCUUAUGGAAAGAUUUUUAUGUGAAACUUCACAGAAAAAAACAGGGACCACUAUGGUUUUAUUGUUUCAAAACUAAUGUGUAAAUUUUAAGUAAUUAGAUGCAUAGAGCAUAUGCUUAUGUGUAUAUGUAUUUUCAACUUUUCACAAUUGAUUUGAAAAAUAAGGACUGUUCUGCUUUGAGAGCGGGCAAAAAUAGCUCUCAGACAUAAAAGUUACCUUUUAAAAAUUGAUUAUACGAUAAUCAAUAUUAAAUUUGCUGCAUUUGAUACGCUCGAUAAUAAUAAUUUUUCAAUACUAAAUGAAUUGAUGUAUGGCUUUUUUAUAUUAUGUCAUGUUGUAACUCUAGCUUAAUAUUACGCUUUCCUGAAUUAUAUAAUAGGUUGUUAAAUGUAUAUGAAGUGAUUGGUUGCAUGAAUGUCAUUUGCAAAAUGUAUGGGAAGUAUAUUGGGUCAACCAUUAUUACUAGUCUAAAACGCCCAAAAACGUUAAAAGUAAUGGUUAAUAAUGGUCCUCGACACAAACACUAUUUGAUUCUCAGUUAAAACAAAUUGUAACGAUAGUUAAAGAGAGUAUGCACGAUUUUGUCAAAUAUUUAUGAAUUGAUAUAAAAUGUGUAAAAAUAACUUAUUAAACAUAUAUUUCACUAUAAAUUAAAAUAAAAGUUAAGAACGAUAUGUGUCGAAAAAUACAAAAUAAGCCAGAUAUUUAAUUCUGAAAUCGAAAAUGUCUGUACAGUCGAAUUCGCCAGGAUGUAUAUCAUGCAUGUACGAUGUGAAUCUAAAUAGACCACACAUUCCGACCACCGUUACUAUUUUUAGAUAUCACGUGGUGCGGAGAAUCUCAAAACGAGGCGGAACGUGUAUAGAUCUUUGGCGGAGCGUAUCGAUGAUUAUAAACUAGUUGAUUUUAUUAAUUACAUUCGAGAUUUUCAUAGGCACUGACACUAGUAACAAUAACCGCAAAUACAUGGUUGUGUUGUUAAGUCAAUAAAUUGAUGAGGGGUUAUAAA